AUGAUAGGGAGAGAGGGAGAGAGGGAGAGAGGGAGAGAGGGAGAGAGGGAGAGAGGGAGAGAGGGAGAGAGGGGAGGAGAAGAAAAGGUGCAGAGAAAAGUGGAAGAGGUGGAACCACUGUUUUCCUCUGAAGAGAGAGUGCGUGUCUAGCAUUAGAGAUCUCUUAGCAGAUGGUGUGUGCAUUUACCUGCCCAUGAUGACGCACUGGAGAGAAUGGUUCUAGGAACGCUCCCCGCGAUCUAUCCAACUGGGCACCCACUGGUUGAAUCAACGUUGUUUCCACGCCAUUUCAAUGAAAUUACAUUGAACGUUUGUGCCUAGUGGGAUAUCACUUUGACACCUUUACAUAAAAUAUCUAUGGCAACAACACCAAGUUGAUAUGGUUUCUUUCCUCCAACAUAUUGAGAGAACAUAUUUUGUUCCAUUGGGGGAAUCUACCUUUGUUUCUUAAGUGUUUAGUGUUUCUCCAAGCUACAAUAGAAUGACUCACACCUGUUUUUCCAACAACAGUCAAAGUGAAAGAAUCUCAUUAGGUGAGUUGCUGGAGUUUGGUGACAGAUCUUCUUUCGUGUGUGUGAGAGAGUGAUGGUGCUAGUUUCCCUCUCUCCACUUUCUCCUGAGUUCUGUUUGAUAUUUUGCAUGGUCUCACUGGUUCGGUGUGAUUUGUUGAAAAGAUCCUCUGUUAUGUAGACACACAAACUCCAGGGAGUAGCGUUAGCUCAACGUCAGCUCACUGACGUGUUGGAGACACUAGAGGCCUCCUUUGAUUAUUGCUGUGAUUAGAGAUGUGACUCACUCUUCUAAAGGACAUGUAUCUUUUAGCUGUGCUAAGUCAAGAUGAUGGCUGUGUUUUAUCCAUCUGUGCUCUGGCUUUAUUUAGCCCUGGAGCUCUGCUUGGCUCACUGGAGCUGGUGUCUGUGUGGAUUGUGUGUGUAGUGUGUUCUGUGUGUACAAUAUAUGUGCUGCUGUGUGGUGCUAUGGACUGUGUCGUUGUGCUGCCUGCUCAGUGUGGUCGUUGCUUCGAUAAAUGACCCCAUUUGAAAGCACAGUGGGGGCGAGCCGUCAGAAUCACCCUCUCUCUGCGUGCUCAGACACUGUCUGCCUGCCCUGCCCUGUCCACCAAAUCAAAUCAAAUCAAAUGUUAUUGGUCGCGCACACAUAUUUAGCAGAUGUUAUCGCAGGUGUAGCGAAAUGCUUAUGUUCCUAGCUCCAACAGUGCAGUCAUUUACAAGUGCCACCACUCUGUUGUGGGGUUGUGUGUGUGACUGCACUGUGUAAAUGUUUGUGGUUGCAGUAUGAACUGUGCGUGUGUGUGCUGUGUGUGCGUGCAUGCAUGUGUGCGUGCAUGUGUGUGUGUGUGUGUGUGUGUGUAUAUGUGUGUGUGUGAGCUUGUAUGUGUGUCACAGGAGGUUGGUGGCACCUUAAUUGGGGAGGAUGGGCUCGUGGUAAAGGCUGGAGCGGAAUGGUAUCCGUUCCAGACAUUAUUAAGAGCCGUCCUCAGCAGCCCCCUGUGGUGUAUGUGCAUGCAUGUUCUGUGUAUUUGUCAAUGACCCCAAAGCGAGCACUGCUGGGAGUCAAUGAGCACAGCACUCUGUGAAGCUGCGUCUCGCCUUCCUAAAUACAAGAUUAAUGAGAGCCUCGUAAAAAACAUGCUGAAGUCUUAUUAAACCAGAACGAGGGAUGAAAAUGACAGAGAGAGCGGAGGAGAAGUUGUGUUCUACUUGGUGUGAGGGACAAGCGAGGGGCGUAGGCACUGUAUUGUACCGUAAUGUGUCUGGCUGGCUCUGCAAUCCUAACAGUCCUCAUCUAGCAUUCUGGGAGCUCAUUAAAGGAGUCUGGGAGCUGGAGGAGACCCGGCGGUGGGGAUAGGGGAGCCAGCUCACUGAACAGAACACAGCAGCCUAUCAGAACACAGUCUAGUAGCAGUAGCAGCAGAGUAGCUGAGGAAGAAGAGAUGCUGCCUGGGCCCAGGCCAGUAGAAUAAACCCAGAGUGACAGCCCUGAUCUGGAUCUGCAUGGCCUUGUCUAAUCCAGACAGCCCUGGCCCCAACCAAUAGGGAGAGGAGGCAGGUGUAGAGGGAGAGAGAACUUUACAUAAGCUUUAAAACAUUAAAAUAGGUCUCAGUGCCCACCAGGUUAUUCUGUAUCUUCCCCAUUCCUACCUACUUGUCCUCAGUGGAUCCCCAGUUCUGAAGGUGUUGUGUUCUGCACCUCUGCCUUGCUGUAUCCUUCUGCUGUCAGCAUUGGUGAACCAACAGGCACCAUCACAUUAUUCCAUCCCACCCUAUCAGAAAGAGGAAAGAUGGCAUCAGUUGUGUGAAUGUUGGUCCUGACAUGCUGAUACAUUAUGCCAAUCUUAAUUGUGUUUGUUUGUCUUAUAAUCUGUAUAUUGUUUGUUACCUCUUUCAAGUUUGUACUCCUCUCUGUCAAAUCCAUUCUAUCUGCCUCUCUCUCCCUCUCCUCUCCCCAAACAAACUCUCUCUCUAUUUCUCUCCUCCAGAGUCGUAGCCCGCGUCACUCCCAGUCCACCCAGUCUGGGCUAGCUGACCAGGCUGCUAAGCUGUCCUUUGCCUCGGCUGAGUCUCUGGCUGAGACCAUGUCUGAGGCUGACAUCCCCCUGGGGUUCAGCCGAACCAACCGCUUCCGCCAGAGUCUGCCCCUGUCUCGCUCAGCCAGCCAGAACAAGCUGCGCUCCCCAGGUGAGACCCACCACAUACUGUACAGAGAAUAUACAGUACAUGAGAUCAGUGGAGGCUCCUCAGUGGAGGAAGGGGAGAACCAUCCUCCUCAGUGAAUUCCAUAAUUUUUUUUAUAGUGAAACUUUAAAACAGUUAUCCUUUUAGAUAUAUACUAUACUAAAUAUAUUCACAUGCCACCAAAUAAUUGAUUAAAACGCACUGUUUUGCAAUGAAGGUCUACAGUAGCCUCAACAGAACUCUGUAGGGUAGCACCAUGGUGUAGCUGGAGUUAGCUUCUGUCCUCCUCUUGGUACAUUGACUUCAAUACAAAAGCCUAGGAUGCUCAUGGUUUUCACCCCCUUCCAUAGACUUACACAGUUAUUAUGACAACUUCCAGAGGACGUCCUCCAACCUAUCAGAGCUCUUGUAGCAUGAACUGACAUGUUGUCCACCCAAUCAAAGGAUCAGAGAAGUAAUCUAGUACUGAAAGCAUAAGCUACUACAGCUAGCUAGCACUGCAGUGUAUAAAAUGUGGUGAGUAGCUGACUCAAAGAGAGAGAAAGACAAUAGUUGAACAGUUUUGAACAAAUUUAUUUAUUUAAAAAUGAAGGAGAAGCAAGAGAGAGAGAGGGAGAGAGAGAGAGAGAGAGAGAGAUUGCUAUAUUAAGUUGUUUUUUAUUUGUUUUACUUUCACUUAGCUAGCAAAUGCAGCUAGCUAGUUUAGCCUACUCAAACACCCAGCUCAAACAGAGAGGGAUGCUAUGUUAGCUAACUGGCUAUGCCUAUCCAACACUGGAACUUUUCCAAAUCAAGGUUAGCUUUUGGUUUUAUUCAUUUAUUGCCCCUGCCGGUGUAACUGCUAAACUGCUUGCUAACUGUACACUGUACUGCAUGAUUGUAGCGGGUUUACUAACGCGUUAGUUCUAGUAGCUAUGUUGACUGACAUUAGCUAAUAUGGUGACAACGAUGUAGGCUGUGUGUAGCGGUUAGCGGUCAUGAUAUGAAGGUUUGGCUUAGAAAGCUUUUGUCGCAAACAGCUGAUGUGUUGUGCACUGAAGCCCACAAGCGAAGGGAAAAGGUGACAGGAGGACAGCGCGUAAAUGCGAAAAGGAAUUAAUGUGCAAAGUGAUCAUGCUGUUUGUAUGUGGCUGCUAUGAAAGUGAACUAUUCAUUCCACCGAUUCUGUUGAAAAACGUUUCUUAAGUGGAAGCAAACGGAACGAAACGGGGAUAAACAUACCUGAAUUUGUCCAAUAGAAAAUCUUUUUUGCAACUGUUGGACUAAUGAUUACACCCUAGAUCAGCUAGAUGCAGGCAAGUGUGCAAGGCGGUAUUGAAUGUGCCACUGUCUGUCAUCUUGAUUACUCAAAUGUUUAUCUUGACCUAUGCACCUACGUUGUAAACUUUCAUUCAUAGGCUAGGUUGUAGCAACCUCAUGAUGGGUAUAGGUAAAAUGUGAGUAUCAUGUAGUAGCCUAAACCUAUCAAUGUUACAUUGAGCUGUAUAUUUUUAUUUUAUAUUUGAGAUUCUUCAAAGUAGCCACCCUUUGCCUUGAUGACAGCUUUGCACACUAUUGGCAUUCUCUCAACCAGAUUCAUGAGGUAGUCACCUGGAAUGCAUUUCAAUUAAUAGAUGUGUUUGAGCCAAUCAGUUGUGUUGUGACAAGGUAGGGGUGGGGUAUACAGAAGAUAGCCCUAUUUGGUAAAAGACCAAGGCCAUAUUAUGGCAAGAACAGCUCAAAUAAACAAAGAGAAAUGACACUACUUUAAGACAUGAAGGUCAGUCAAUACGGAAAAUGUGAAGAACUUUGAAAGUUUCUUCAAUUGCAGUCACAAAAACCAUCAAGCGCUAUGAUGAAACUGGCUCUCAUGAGGACCGCCACAGGAAAGGAAGACCAUUAGAGUUACCAGCCUCAGAAAUUGCAGCCCAAAUAAGUGCUUCUCAGAGUUCAAGUAACAGACACAUCUCAACAUCAACUGUUCAGAGGAGACUGCGUGAAUCAUGCCUUCAUGGUUGAAUUGCUGCAAAGAAACCACUACUAAAGGACACCAAUAAUAAGAAGAUACUUGCUUGGGCCAAGAAACACGAGCAAUGGACAUUAGACCGGUAGUAAUCUGUCCUUUGGUCUGGAGUCCAAAUUGGAGAUUUUUGGUUCCAACCGCUGUGGAACCAACUAUUUCAUAGUUUUGAUGUCUUCACUAUUAUUCUACAAUGUAGAAAAUAGUAAAAAUAAAGAUUAGUAGGUGUGUCCAAACCUUUGACUGGUACUGUACAUGACCAUGUAAUAGCCUUUACCAGCUACAUAGCUGAGGCAACAUCUUCCUCAUCCCAAAGCUUUUGUAGACUUCUUGCAUUAAAUGUCAAUUUACCAAUCUGAUCAGAAUGGCUUCAUGCCAUUUUCAUAUUAACAUUUACCUAGCUUAUCUGCUAUCUUAUGAAACCUUAUCUGCUUACAUAGUAAAUAAUUAUCAAACAUCUCAAAUUCCUUUCACAUUUUGUGGUUAUUCUUUCUUUGAAUUCACUAUUCAAUAUGAAUUCUUGUGAAAUGAUUGAAUCGUGAUAACAUUUGCAUAUUUUGUAACCAUUUCAUAAGCGUAAGUUAUGCACUCCAGGCUGGGUGUUGUUAUCAGGGACCAAUCACACAUCUCCUGGGUGUUGUUAUCAGGGACCAAUCACACAUCUCCUGGGUUAGUAACCUACAGCCUGGUGCCUCUUCACACCCUCAGAUCAGUGUGAUUAUUCUCUGCCUGCCUGCCCUGUGCUGCAUUACUGCUUACAUAACACUGGAUCAUCCACGCCUUAGAUUGUAUCCCACUAUUUGAGGCACAACAACCAUAUAAAGCCAUACACUGCACUGUAUUUCAUUAUUAGCACAGAGAUAAUAUAUUUAUAGACAUAAGUCAACUCAGUGUUGGGACAGCUUUACAGUGUGGACUACAGUAUCAUAAGAGUGAACUCAGUGUUGGGACAGCUUUACAGUGUGGAUGGAUCAGACUUAUAAACAUUGGGGGGUGUAGGCUAUGCUAAGCACGCAGGGAGAAACAGAGUGCUGUAAAACCAGUGACAGUGACGGAUGAUGAGCCCUUUGGAAGAGGAGUUUAGGCAGUGCUAUAGAACAGUGGCACUCUCUCACUCCCACCUCCUCCUGUCUAUUUAUCAACCCGAGUCUCUGACUCUCUUCACCUUCCCUCUAUCUAUCUCUCUCUCCUUUUUCUUUGAAUUUCAUCCCCCCUUCCUCUAUGUUUCUAUUAUCUCCUGCUCUACCUUCAUCCUCUUCCUCUCUGUUUGACUUUAAAUUCUCUCUCCGUGGCCUAGGGUGGUCUAGCGGUGAUGCCUCAGCCUCCGGCACACAUCUACAGUGUCGGCAUAGGUUCCAAUCCGGCCUACUGACCUUUGACCCAACCUCUCUCUACCUUUCCCCACUGUCAUAAUCUCUCUCUAUCUAUUCAAUAAAGUCAGAAAAGAUCUUCAAAAUAUAUGAUAAAUUGUGUCUCUUUAUCUCUCUCCUUCUCCAGGCGUGCUGUUCCUGCAGUUUGGGGAUGAGACGCGGCGGGUGCACAUCACCCACGAGCUGAGCAGCCUGGACACGCUGCACGCCCUCAUCGUGCACAUGUUCCCCCAGAAGCUGACGGCGGGGAUGCUCAAGUCCCCCAACACGGCCAUCCUGAUCAAGGACGAGGCGCGCAAUGUCUUCUACGAGCUGGAGGACAUCCGGGACAUCCAGGACCGCAGCAUCAUCAAGAUCUACCGCAAGGAGCCCAUCUACGCCUCCUACCCCGCCACACACCUGGUCAACGGGGACCUGAGGGUGAGACAGGGAGGGGAGAGAAGGGUGAGGGAGGAGAGAGGGGUGCUGAGGAAGGGGAGGGGGGAGGGGGGGGGAGCUGGGAUGGGGGAUAGGUGGAUAGGUGGAUGGAGGGCUCAUUAUUCUACUAUAAAUGCUGAUACUAUCACAUUACAGUUGGGCUUUAACCUUUGAAGGUGCAACAGCCCUUUGUGCCCUUUGUGUCCAGAUAUUCCCUCUGGGCAGUACUUUUAUCUUCAAGAGUACCAUUUGCUGCCUGGACACUAAAUAACAAUGUUUCACCCCCUCUGCAUGUCUCUGCUUUGGUUGAGUUCAAGGUACCUUGAAGUUGUUCUGUUUUCAGUCCCUAUCAUCUGUAAUAUUCACAAUACAUUGAGGAUGAAUCAAAUCAAAUCAAAUCAAAUCAAAUUUUAUUGGCCACAUGCGCCAAAUACAACAGGUGCAGACAUUACAGUGAAAUGCUUACUUACAGCCCUUAACCAACAGUGCAUUUAUUUUUUAUAAAAAAGUUAAAUAAAACAACAACAAAAAAGUGUUGAGAAAAAAAGAGCAGAAGUAAAAUAAAAUAACAGUAGGGAGGCUAUAUAUACAGGGGGGUACCGGUGCAGAGUCAAUGUGCGGGGGCACCGGCUAGUUGAGGUAGUUGAAGUAAUAUGUACAUGUGGGUAGAGUUAAAGGGACUAUGCAUAAAUAAUUAACAGAAUAGCGGCAGCGUAAAAAGAUGGGGUGGGGGGGCAGUGCAAAUAGUCCGGGUAGCCAUGAUUAGCUGUUCAGGAGUCUUAUGGCUUGGGGGUAGAAGCUGUUGAGAAGUCUUUUGGACCUAGACUUGGCACUCCGGUACCGCUUGCCGUGCGGUAGCAGAGAGAACAGUCUAUGACUAGGGUGGCUGGAGUCUUUGACAAUUUUGAGGGCCUUCCUCUGACACCGCCUGGUAUAGAGGUCCUGGAUGGCACGAAGCUUGGCCCCAGUGAUGUACUGGGCCGUACGCACUACCCUCUGUAGUGCCUUGCGGUCGGAGGCCAAGCAGUUGCCAUACCAGGUGGUGAUGCAACCAGUCAGGAUGCUCUCGAUGGUGCAGCUGUAGAAUUUUUUGAGGAUCUGAGGACCCAUGCCGAAUCUUUUCAGUCUCCUAAGGGGGAAUAGGCUUUGUCGUGCCCUCUUUACGACUGUCAUGGUGUGUUUGGACCAUGAUAGUUCGUUGGUGAUGUGGACACCAAGGAACUUGAAGCUCUCAACCUGUUCCACUACAGCCCCGUCGAUGAGAAUGGGGGCGUGCUCAGUCCUCUUUUUUUUCCUGUAGUCCACAAUCAUCUCCUUUGUCUUGGUCACGUUGAGGGAGAGGUUGUUAUCCUGGCACCACACGGCCAGGUCUCUGACCUCCUCCCUAUAGGCUGUCUCAUCGUUGUCGGUGAUCAGGCCUACCACUGUUGUGUCGUCGGCAAACUUAAUGAUGGUGUUGGAGUCGUGCCUGGCCAUGCAGUCAUGGGUGAACAGGGAGUACAGGAGGGGACUGAGCACGCACCCUAAAGGGCCCCCGUGUUGAGGAUCAGUGUGGCAGAGGUGUUGUUACCUACCCUUACCACCUGGGGGCGGCCCGUCAGGAAGUCCAGGAUCCAAUUGCAGAGGGAGGUGUUUAGUCCCAGGAUCCUUAGCUUAGUGAUGAGCUUUGAGGGCACUAUGGUGUUGAAUGCUGAGCUGUAGUCAAUGAAUAGCAUUAUCACGUAGGUGUUCCUCUUGUCCAGGUGGGAAAUGGCAGUGUGGAGUGCAAUAGAGAUUGCAUCAUCUGUGGAUCUGUUGGGGUGGUAUGCAAAUUGGAGUGGGUCUAGGGUUUCUGGGAUAAUGUUGUUGAUGUGAGCCAUGACCAGCCUUUCAAAGCACUUCAUGGCUACAGACGUCAGUGCUACGGGUCGGUAGUAAUUUAGGCAGGUUAUAUUAGUGUCCUUGGGCACGGGGACUAUGGUGGUCUGCUUGAAACAUGUUGGUAUUACAGACUCAGUCAGGGACAUGUUGAAAAUGUCAGUGAAGACACUUGCCAGUUGGUCAGCACAUGCUCGGAGUACACGUCCUGGUAAUCCAUCUGGCCCUGCGGCCUUGUGAAUGUUGACCUGCUUAAAAGUCUUACUCACAUCGGCUACGGAGAGCGUGAUCACAUAGUCAUCCGGAACAGCUGGUGCUCUCAUGCAUGCUUCAGUGUUGCUUGCCUCGAAGCGAGCAUAGAAGUGGUUUAGCUCGUCUGGUAGGCUUGUGUCACUGGGAAGCUCGCGGCUGUGCUUCCCUUUGUAGUUUGUAAUAGUUUUCAAGCCCUGCCACAUCCGACGAGCGUCAGAGCCGGUGUAGUACGAUUCAAUCUUAGUCCUGUAUUGACUCUUUGCCUGUUUGAUGGUUCGUCGGAGGGCAUAGCGGGAUUUCUUAUAAGCGUCCGGGUUAGAGUCCCGCUCCUUGAAAGCGGCAGCUCUACCCUUUAGCUCAGUGCGGAUGUUUCCUGUAAUCCAUGGCUUCUGGUUGGGGUAUGUACGUACGGUAACUGUGGGGACAACAUCAUCGAUGCACUUAUUGAUGAAGCCAGUGACUGAUGUGGUGUACUCCUCAAUGCUAUCUGAAGAAUCCCGGAACAUGUUCCAGUCUGUGCUAGCAAAACAGUCCUGUAGCUUAGCAUCUGCGUCAUCUGACCACUUUCUUAUUAACCAAGUCACUGGUGCUUCCUGCUUUAGUUUUUGCUUAUAAGCAGGAAUCAGGAGGAUAGAGUUAUGGUCAGAUUUGCCAAAUGGAGGGCGAGGGAGAGCUUUGUAUGCGUCUCUGUGUGUGGAGUAAAGGUGGUCUAGAGUUUUUUUUUCUCUGGUUGCACAUUUAACAUGCUGGUAGAAAUUAGGUAGAACGGAUUUAAGUUUCCCUGCAUUAAAGUCCCCGGCCACUAGGAGUGCUGCCUCUGGAUGAGCGUUUUCCUGUUGACUUAUGGCUUUAUACAGCUCAUUCAGUGCAAUCUUAAUGCCAGCAUUGGUUUGUGGUGGUAAAUAGACAGCUAUGAAAAAUAUAGAUGAAAACUCUCUUGGUAAAUAGUGUGGUCUACAGCUUAUCAUAAUACCCUCUACCUCAGGUGAGCAAAACCUUGAGACUUCCUUAGUAUUUGAUUUUGUGCACCAGCUGUUGUUUACAAAUAUACACAGACCGCCACCCCUUGUCUUACCGGAGUCAGCCGUUCUAUCCUGCCGAUGUAGCGUAUAGCCCGCUAGCUGUAUGUUAUCCAUGUCGUCGUUUAGCCACGACUCGGUGAAACAGAAGAUAUUACAGUUUUUAAUGUCCCGUUGGUAGGAUAACCGUAAUCUUAGGUCAUCCAAUUUAUUUUCCAAUGAUUGAAGAUUGGCUAAUAGGAUUGAUGGGAGCGGCAGUUUACUCGCUCGCCGUCGGAUCCUUACAAGGCACCCCGACCUACGUCCACGAUAUCUCCGUCUCUUCCUCAUGCGAAUGACGGGGAUUUGGGCCUUGUCGGGUGUCUGUAGGAUAUCCUUCACGGCCGCCUCGUUGAAGAAACAUUAUUCGUCCAAUACGAGGUGAGUAAUCGCUGUCCUGAUAUCCAGAAGCUCUUUUUGGUUAUAAGAGACGAUGGCAGAAACAUUAUGUACAAAAUAAAUUACAAAUAACGCGGAAAAACACACAUAAUAGUACAAUUGGUUAGAGGGCUGUAAAACGGCAGCCAUCUUCUCCAGCGCCAUUUGUUUGGGACAAACCUAUGCAAAUAAUUAGAGUGUGUGUGUGGGUGGCUGUGUCUCUGUCUCUGUCUGUGUCUGUGCGUAUGUGUGUGUUUUCGUGUGUGUGUGUGUGUUUGUGUGUGUGCGUGCGUGCGUGCAGGCAUACGGAAAUCCCUAAAGUGUGUACGGAGAAACAAAAUAGGAUGGACUGAUGGACUGAACUAGAUUACAUGAAAUCAUAGAGAGUUCUUAUUUCCAGAAGGGUAGAUGAUGUGGUAAAGCCAGGCCUUUGAAGAACAUUAAAGUUGCUGGCUCUUUGUUGGCUCUUUGUUCUAUGACAGUGUGUGUGUGAACUGCACACCCCCUCCUAGUUCAGUGCUGUGCUGGGGACUGCCCUGCAUGUUAGCUAACAUCUUGACAUUGAACUGCUCCGGGGUGUACAUUUUUGGGUUUGGAGAGCUGGUUUUAACUGUGUUUUCAGGGUUUUAUGUAAGUAUUAGUCCCGACUCCUGUGUACAAGUGUGUGUGUGUGUGUGUGUGUGUGUGUGUGUGUGUGUGUGUGUGUGUGUGUGUGUGUGGUGUGUGUGUGUGUGUGUGUGUGUGUGUGUGUGUGUGUGUGUGUGUGUGUGUGUGUGUGUACAAUAUUAAAGGAUUAGACCACACAGGCAAGCGGUGGAGGAGAGAAGAAAGAAGGAACCUGUGGUGGAUGAGGAAAUUCCUGCUUUCUCUCACUUCUCUUCAAUAAAGAGGAAAUAGAUAUGUGCAGAUAUGGAGAUGUGCUGAAUACGAGUUCUUUGUAAUCCAAUGUAAUACCAAUGGGUUUAGUUGGGCUGGUUAAAUGGAGCUCAGUGGUUCUCCUAGAUGAGUGGAAGGAGAAGAAAGAAACAGUGCGACAAUAAGGCUGGACUGGGCCCCUCUCUUAAGCUCUUUCACUUUCAGCCUCAGUUAUUACACUGUAAGGUGACAGUCAAUACAUGUAGGUAUUCCCAUAUCCUAUAAGCCUUUCUGUACUCUUGGAUAGAGUCAUUACUAUAGACUUGAAUAACACGUGUUGAUUGUGUGGUGGUAUUUGAUGUGGGCUUGUAUAAAGAUGCUAUGAUUGCAUUGAUGAGCCCAGGCUGCCACAGACUGUCCAAUGUCAGUCUGAUCUCCUAUCCUCUGAUUGUCAGUCUGGCACAGAGGGGGAGCACAGCCUUUUCAUCCACUGGUAUCCAUGGUAACCUACCCUCCACCCCUGCCCCUGUUGUCAUUUCAGAGGGAUCUGGUGUACACAUCCCGAGAGUCCUCCCCUACCCGCCGCCUCAACACCCUGCCCUCCUCCUCCGCCUCACCCCCCUCCGGUUCCCCAUCCCGCUCUCGUCUGUCCUACAGUGGGGGGCGGCCUCCUUCCUUCGCCGGGCCGGGUAGUCACCCCCAGCACCAGCAGCACCCCCAGCAGCACCAGCCCCAGCAUUCCCACCACCCUGGGGCUGGCUCCCACCACGGGGGCCCCAAUGCUGGCCUGUCCUCCUCCCCUAGCGCCAUCCUGGAGCGUCGUGACGUCAAGCCCGACGAGGAGGUGUCUGGGAAGAACAUGAUGUUGGUGAAGAACGAGGGGUUGUAUGCUGACCCCUACAGCCUGGUACACGAGGGCCGCCUCAGCAUCGCCUCUACACAGUCACUGGCUGCCAUCGGAGACCCCUUCGGCUUCCCUGUGUCAGGUGGGCUGUACCGCCGUGGCUCUGUGCGCUCCCUCAGCACCUACUCUGCUGCCGCCCUGCAGGGGGAGCUGGAGGACGCCCUGUACAAGCCUGGAGGUCCCGUCUACUCCGACUCCUACUCCUCAGCCACACUGGGCAUGGGCUUCCGUAUGCCCCCAUCCUCCCCACAGAAGAUCCCUGAUAUGCAGCUGAGGGACAGGGGGGACUCAUACUCCAGCUCCCCCAGUCGAGCCUCCCCGGUCAGGCAGACCUUCCGCAAGGACUCAACCUCCUCUUCCAUGUUUGUGGAGAGCCCCAAGUCCAGGCCCAGUUCCAGCUCUGACCCUUUGGCCCUGCAGGCCGGGUCGGGAGGGGACGGGAGCAGGUUUGCGCCCGGGUACAGCUCCCCGCUCCCUGGAGAAACUUCUGAGUCCAGGUGAGUAUAUGUGUGUGUGUGUGUGUGUGGUUUGAGAUUUCAUGCUUCCCCUAUACAGUAUGUGUGUGUUUCACUAGGUGUUUUCUAGUGUAUACUAGUAUGUUGUGACAUUACUGUGUGACGUGUGGGCGCAUGAGCUUGCAUGUUUGUGUGUGUGAGUAAACCUAACUGACCAGUGUGUGUUAACCUGCUGGCUUUCUCCAGGGAUCGUAUGGAGCGUCUGGACCGUAUGGAGGCCAUGGAGAAACAGAUAGCCAGUCUGACAGGCCUGGUUCAGAGUGUACUGACCAAAGCACCCGACAGUGACAGCACGUAAGACCCCCAUAAGACCCCAAACACACAGAGCCAUUCAUAGAAGUAUAUACUACUACAGCAGUAGCAACAUGACAGGACGAGCACAGAAAUACAUGACUGGUCUCAAGAUACAGUGAGGGAAAAAAGUAUUUGAUCCCCUGCUGAUUUUGUACGUUUGCCCACUGACAAAGAAAUGAUCAGUCUAUACUUUUAAUGGGAGGUUUAUUUGAACAGUGAGAGACAGAAUAACAACAAAAAAAUCCAGAAAAAUGCAUGUCAAAAAUGUUAUAAAUUGAUUUGCAUUUUAAUGAGGGAAAUAAGUAUUUGACCCCCUCUCAAUCAGAAAGAUUUCUGGCUCCCAGGUGUCUUUUAUACAGGUAAUGGGCUGAGAUUAGGAGCACACUCUUAAAGGGAGUGCUCCUAAUCUCAGUUUGUUACCUGUAUAAAAGACACCUGUCCACAGAAGCAAUCAAUCAAUCAGAUUCCAAACUCUCCACCAUGGCCAAGACCAAAGAGCUCUCCAAGGAUGUCAGGGAAAAGAUUGUAGACCUACACAAGGCUGGAAUGGGCUACAAGACCAUUGCCAAGCAGCUUGGUGAGAAAGUGACAACAGUUGGUGCGAUUAUUCGCAAAUGGAAGAAACACAAAAUAACUGUCAAUCUCCCUCGGCCUGGGGCUCCAUGCAAGAUCUCACCUCGUGGAGUUGCAAUGAUCAUGAGAACGGUAAGGAAUCAGCCCAGAACUACACGGGAGGAUCUUGUCAAUGAUCUCAAGGCAGCUGGGACCAUAGUCACCAAGAAAACAGUUGGUAACACACUAUGCCGUGAAGGACUGAAAUCCUGCAGCUCCCGCAAGGUCCCCCUGCUCAAGAAAGCACAUGUACAGGCCCGUCUGAAGUUUGCCAAUGAACAUCUGAAUGAUUCAGAGGAGAACUGGGUGAAAUGGUUGUGGUCAGAUGAGACCAAAAUCGAGGUCUUUGGCAUCAACUCAACUCGCCGUGUUUGGAGGAGGAGGAAUGCUGCCUAUGACCCCAAGAACACCAUCCCCACCGUCAAACAUGGAGGUGGAAACAUUAUGCUUUGGGGGUGUUUUUCUGCUAAGGGGACAGGACAACUUCACCGCAUCAAAGGGAUGAUGGACGGGGCCAUGUACCGUCAAAUCUUGGGUGAGAACCUCAUUCCCUCAGCCAGGGCAUUGAAAAUGGGUCGUGUAUGGGUAUUCCAGCAUGACAAUGACCCAAAACACACGGCCAAGGCAACAAAGGAGUGGCUCAAGAAGAAGCACAUUAAGGUCCUGGAGUGGCCUAGCCAGUCUCCAGACCUUAAUCCCAUAGAAAAUCUGUGGAGGGAGCUGAAGGUUUGAGUUGCCAAACGUCAGCCUCGAAACCUUAAUGACUUGGAGAAGAUCUGCAAAGAGGAGUGGGACAAAAUCCCUCCUGAGAUGUGUGCAAACCUGGUGGCCAACUACAAGAAACAUCUGACCUCUGUGAUUGCCAACAAGGGUUUUGCCACCAAGCACUAAGUCAUGUUUUGCAGAGGGGUCAAAUACUUAUUUCCCUCAUUAAAAUGCAAAUCAAUGAAUAACAUUUUUCUCACACUGUUCAAAUAAACCUACCAUUAAAAUUAUAGACUGAUCAUGUCUUUGUCAGUGGGGGAUCAAAUACGUACAAAAUCAGCAGGGGAUCAAUUACUUUUUUCCCUCACUGUAUUGUUGUUUAAUAGACCAGAAUAUGUACAAGUACAUUAUUGAAGUAUAGUAGUACUAUACAUAAGUAUAGUACAGCUGUUGGUAUUAUUGGCUGGUAAUAAUGAUGUUGCCCUGUGUACACUAGAAAUCCCUGUAUGUCCUGUAGUAUAAGUACAUACUGUAGUACAUGAGUAUAGUACAGGUGUUGGCAUUAGCACUGUAAUUGCCUUGCCCUGUGGACCUGGUUGAUCCUCAGAUGCGGCCUACUGCGUCUCUGCAUGAUGGCGGGCUGCCCUCCGGACCAGGGCUCGGAGUUCUCACGGCCCUUCCCUUUCUCUUCCAGCGAGAAGACCGAAUCCAACAGCGACGGCUCCGCCACUGGAAGUGAGUACUACGCCUGAAGUUCUAUAUAUGCUCAAACUAGAUUGAGGUGAAUUGAGUUUUAGUUUGAUCCUGUAGUCAGACUGAGUCCAGUCCUGCUAACCAUUUACAAUAGUUCAGGCUGAGCUUAGUUCUCGUAUCCAUUUACUCAUUGGACCAGGCAUAGACCAGUUAUUUUAACAAUAAGAUGGCUACUGGUCAGUAAACCUCAACAGACAUAGAAUGACAUCUCCCUCAACUCAACUGUGGUCCUUUGUAGCUCAAUUGGUAGAGCAUGGCGCUUAUAACGCCAUGGUAGUGGGUUCGAUCCCCGGGACCACCCAUACGUAAAAAUUUAUGCACACAUGACUGUAAGUCGCUAAAGCGUCUGCUAAAUGGCAUAUUUUUAUUAUUAUUAACUAGCAACCUAGAUACAAACUUACCCAUCGCUCUCUUCAUGCUUCCUCUAAUAUCUCACAUUUUCCCUCCCCUUUCCUCUUCUGUUUUAUUUAUCUUUCUUCUCACUCCCUAUCUCUCUCCAUAUCUCUUUCCUCCACUGUUGCUAAUGCUUCCAUUUAGCAUGAGUGAGUCUACAGAGACUUGCUGUUCAAUGGCCAGACCAUCAAAGGGCCAGCGAAAGGACACAUCUGCCUUUGAUGCCUCUCCUUGGCAUGAAAUAACAUCAGAAAAUAAAGCCGUUAAAUUAGCCAUUUUUCUCUCAGCAAUAGUCGAUAGAGGAUGUGUUCAGGGGCCCUCAUUUGCCUCUGGCAAUGUAAACCUUUUUUCUCCACUCUCUCUUCUCUCUCUCCCUCAUUUAUCUUUGGUAACUGGCUCACUGCUUCUGUAUUACAGCUGGACGGCUGAAGCGGAAAGGUAGUUUCACUCUUCUCCUUCUCUCCUUUUCUCUUCUAUCUCUCCUCUCAUCUCUCUGCCCCUGUGUGGGUGUAUGUGGUGUUGUCCCAGCUCCAGUGGUGGUGGUGGUGUGUCUCCUCUCUUAUGUACCCUUUGGUUGGUUACCUAGAGGUCAGGUCUGUCUCUUCUACACCCUGUCCCCAACUCCUCUCUAACCCCCCUCCUGUCUCUGGUCCUGUCUUGUUGGUCCCUUACUCCUUUUGGAUCUGUCUGUCUUGGUCCUCUGUAGCUCAGCUGGUAGAGCACAGCGCUUGUAACGCCAAGGUAGUGGGUUCGAUCCCUGGGACCACCCAUACACAAAAAUGUAUGCACGCAUGACUGUAAGUCGCUUCGGAUAAAAGCGUCUGCUAAAUGGCAUAUUAUUAUUAUGUUCAACCAUCUGCGAUUCAGAAGGAUAUUCUCCUCCCACCAUCAACAGGCUCUCCCUGUUCGUUUUCAGUCUACCUCUGUCCAGGAACUGAGCUGGGAUCCUUUACCUGUGCUCCCAAGACUGCGUGUGGAAGUGUGGAAGUGUGUGUGUGCGUGUGCAUGUAUCUGCUGUUGUGUGUAUGUGUACAGACGUCUCUAUACAUACAGCAUUGUAAUUAACCCAGUUUCCUUUGACUUCCUCAUAGCCUGUGUUCUGUCCUGUGAUUGUCAGCUCUGACGCCGUCGGCCCCGCUGGCUCUGAUGCCCCCCCCUCCCUCCGGAGACACCCAGGUCACCACCGUCACCCGGCUGCAGAUGCAGCUCCACCUCCACGACCUGCAGCAGAAUGCCACUGACCUGCGCAAACAACUCUCCCAGCUCCGCAAGAUGCAGGUGGGAACAACUGGGCCUACUCUCAAUGUGUCUAUUAGAAUGGCUGUUUACACAAACACGCAGGCAAAUAGGCACGUGCACACACACACACUCACACUCACACUCUCACACACUCACACUCACACACUCACACACACACAGCUGCAGUCUUAGUUACUGCUAUUUAUGUUACACUAAUAUCACACACACUUCAGAGGCGAGGGAAUGAAACAUGUUAUACAAAACACACUAAUAAUAAACAAGAUGUCUUCUUCUCUGACACAUUUAGGUCAUAGUUUGCUUUGAGGAUGUUUGGGAUGUGAGACAAUGGAAGAUUAAAGUUGUAGUGUGUGUUGGUACUAAGAGUUUCAAGCCGUGGUCAUUAAUACCCUAGGCUAGUGGCUAUCCCUGUGAAGAUGGACGCAGCAUCAGAUAAUAGAAAGAAAUGAAACCUUUUUCACUGUGACUCCCUGCGGUACCAUGGUUACAGGCUUAGGAGAAAAGCUAAGGAUGAGUUAAAUGCUUUCCAUGAAAAGAGGAGAGAAGAGAAUCAUCCUGUCUAUGUAUCUUAACUCUCUGGAGAGAGAGGGGGAAGAGGGGAGUGGAAGUGGUUUCUCUAACACAUUAGAUCAGUGGGGAAAAUAAAUGAAGAAGUGUAGAGGAUAUGGCGUAUGUGAUUUAGGGACAGCACAGGGUCGUUUAAUAGUCUGCCCUGUCUGUCUCUUCCUUUAGAGAGACUUUAUGAAACAUAGCAGUGGACACAGUCAGUGGUCCAGUCCACUUCAUGCAUUGUUAAGCUCUCCCUAGGGCCCAGCUCCAUGGCUCAUGACUCCUGGGUUUUGUCGUUUUAUAGCCUGUGAUUUCCUCAACAUACUGCAGGUGCUCACAGAGAGGCACAGCAGCAGUACCUGCACCAACUCUCUGCUGAUUAGGAACUGGGUUUAAGUGGUGGGAUAUAUUGUUUGAGAAAUAAUACACUUAGUGUACAAAACAUUAAGGACACCUGCUCUUUCCAUGACAUAGACUGACCAGGUGAAUCCAGGUGAAAGCUAUGAUUCCUUAUUGAUGUCACCUGUUAAAUCCACUUCAAUCAGUGUAGAUGAAGGGGAGGAGACAGGUUAAAGAAUAAUUUUUAAGCCUUGAGACAGUUGAGACAUUGUGUAUGAGUGCCAUUCAGAGGGUGAAUGGGCAAAACAAAAGAUUGAAGUGCCUUUGAACGGAGUAUGGUAGUAGGUGCCACCGGUUUGUGUCAAGAAUUGUAACGCUGCUGGGUUUUUCACGCUCAACAGUUUCCCAUGUGUAUCAAGAAUGGUCCACCACCCAAAGGACAUCCAGCCAACUUGACACACCUGUGGGAAGCAUUGGAGUCAACAUGUGCCAGCAUCCCAGUGUCCCUUUCGACACCUUGUAGAGUCCAUGCCCCAAUGAAUUGAGGCUGUUCUGAGGGUAAAAGACACAGAUGGAGAGGAGUGAAGUGGUAAAUGAAAGCCAAACGCAGCACAGUGGGACUAGAGAGUAGUAAUAAUCUGUCAUUUACCUGUGUGUGAGCCCAAGCAUGACUCCUAACCUCUGACCCAACCCGUUGCCCAUGGAGACGGCCACAGGCCUGAAUAAUACAUGAUGCUCAUGAAUUAUGUAGAGCGAGAGCGAGAAAGGAGAGAAAGGGUGAACGUGGUAGAGGUAGCGUAAUGCAGAGAAAGAAACAGAAAGACAACAGAGUACACAUGUUUUUAUUGUGACUGCUGUGGCUGGAUCAGAAUAAAUGGGGUUUUAAUGUACCACUUCUAUUGGGGCAAAUCAGAAGUAAUGCUGCAGAGCACGUUGUUCAUACUGUUGUUCAGUUUGAUUCCCUGGAACAUAAAAGCAAUCCAUUAUUAAUUUCCCUUGCUAAGCAGGUGCUUUCAUCUCAGUAGCGCUUGCAUUACAUACAUUAUAACAGAUUCCAUUCAUAGUUCUGGAUGUGUAUUGAAUUUUGAUUGAGUGCUUUGCUCAAGGGCACAGAAGCAGUAGGAUUUAAACGUCCUACCAGUUCAAUUCUCUAACCGACAACCCUGCUGUUUUCUGCCUGUGUGUGGGUUUUUUCUGAGUGAGACACCCACACGCAUGCACGUGCACACACAAAAACACACACACACACACACACAGCACCGUGAUGGGUUCCAUCAUCAGCUAAUCACAUUCUGUUAGCAGGGGAGACAGGUUGGCUCAGACAGUACUGCUGGCGCAUCAGAACGCCCGAAAAGCUCUCAAGGACAGAGCAAUCUGUGUUAACACAAACACACACUUUCUCACUCUCUCUCACACACACACACACACACACAGAGAGAGAGACACACCGUGGAGGUACAAACUCAGGGCAGGGCAGGGCAUCCUCAUGCACACAUCAGCCCAUUACUAGACAGACAAGGCCAAAAAAGAACACACCGUACGCAGUCAAGGUCAGGGCAGUACUGUAUACAGACAGACACACACCAGUGUUUCCCAUGUAUAUAUAUUUAGCAGCAGCGCACCGCCACUGCAAAAUUGUUGCCGCCACACCACAUUUUUUAAAUGUAUUUUUUAAAAUACAUUUUCGGGAUGAAGAACAACAUUAAUAAUUGACUUAUAUAUUUUUGAAUAAUAUAAUCUUUUAGAACUAGAAAUCUCCAAAAUAAAAGCUAAAGCAAUGAAACCAAAAAAAAUAAAACAAUGUCGUAGGAGUCGUUUUUGCAUGGCUAGAUUACAGACCGGACACGCAGGACACAUGCCCAGGGGCCCCGAUUGGGGUUCCCAUUGAUUUUGUUAUAAUGUUUGAGCAUAAGAACACUGAAUCAGCCAUGGUAGAAAUGCAGGAAAUUAGCUUUCACACUGCAAAAUGUUCUGUCAGCUCCAUUGAAAAAUGUAUAGAAUUGCAGGAAUGUUUUUGAUCUGGGCAGGACCACCUUAGGUGUGUGAUACCAAAUUCUAUACAUUAAUGAUGACCUGUAUGACCUCAGACACCUGUAACCUCUAUUACCAAUUUGGUUACACUGAUUUCUGCUACAAAUCAUUCAUAUCAUUCAGACCACUAUUAGUUACACAAUUUAAUCUUGUCUAACCAUUCAGUAUUGUCUGUCGGUCUGUCUGUGUGUGUGUCUGCAGCUCCAGAACCAGGAUAGUGUGAAGACGCUGCUGAAAAGAACGGAGAAGGAGCUGAACGUGCGUGUGAGUGACGCUCUGAGGAAACAGGAGGACCCUCUGCAGAGACAGCGCCUCCUGGUGGAAGAGGAGAGACUCAAGUACCUCAACGAGGAGGAGCUUAUCAUCCAGCAACUCCAGUCAGUACUCACUUAAUUACGUUUAUUGAAUGACUGGUUAACUGAUUGAUUGAUUAACUGAUAGACCUGACUGACUGAUUGAUUGACAAAAUCUAUUCACAUGAUUAAAAAAUUAAAAAUAAACAUCAGUAAGAUAAUUGAGGUUCUAAAGAGGUCCUAUGAUUAAUAUGGUUGUACUAAGGCAGUCCUACUGGUAACAGAAACAAUGCCCAUGCAUUACAACAGCUGGAAAACAUCCCCGGUUCCCAGACACUGUCUGGUUUAGCAAAGAGUGUGUAACUUUAUACGAGUGGACAUUGUUGAAUAAAUCAUUCGCCUCGUUAGAACAUCGCUGUUAAUCUAGGCUUAUUAUUAACCGUUGCUAAUAGCCAUUUUAUUUCAUUUAAUUAUUCAUACCAUUUUGAUUGGCCAUAUGGCUUCAGGCUGAUUUAUUUGACAUCAUUAAGUUGGGUUUUCAUUAGUAGUUUUGCUUCGUCAGCUUGUGUAUGUGUGUGUGUGUGUGUGUGUUCCACGUUCAUGUGUACGUGUGUGUGUCCAGUCUGUGUGUAUGUCUCUCCAUCGCCCUUGUGGUUCUCUCACCUCCUCACACGCCACAGUUGUAUGGUAAUUCACAGUAGAACAUUACAGUCUUCAUAACAUGAACGUUUUCAUGUUAACUGUGAAGGUCUUGUGUUAACACGUCUCUCCUGUGUUGUCUGUCCAGUGACCUGGAGAAGUCAGUGGAGGACAUCCAGAAGGGUUCAGCUGUCAAUCACAAGCUGGUGACGGUUCAGGAGCUGGAGGAGAAGGCCUCGCUGCUGAGGAAACUAGGAGAGACACUCACAGAGCUCAAGAGUGAGUCACUCACAGAUUCAGUCUGAUACACUGAUCACUCACAGACACACCGACACGGUCUGAUACACUGAUCACUCACAGACACAUUGACAGGGUCUGAUCACAGGAGGCUGCUGAGGGGAGGACGGCUCAUAAUAAUGGCCGGAACGGAGUAAAUAGAAUGACAUCAAACACCUGGAAACCACGUGUAUGAUGUAUUUGAUACCAUUCCACUAAUUCCGCUCCAGCCAUUACCAUGAGCCCGUUCUCCCCAAUUAAAUGUGCCACCAACCUCCUGUGGGUCUGAUACACUCAUCACUCACAGACACACUGUAGGCACUGACUUGCUGUCAAUCACUCUCAGAUAGUCAAUCACAGACACACAUCAGUCUCAAACAUCCAGAUAUCACAAUCACCACUCUCAGAAAUCAGACUCCCAUUGUGACUCCUGAGAUGAUAAUAUGUAGCGUCACCUCUCUCUCCCUGUCCCCCUCCAGACCAGUUCCCCAGUCUGCAGAGUAAGAUGCGGGUGGUGUUGAGGGUGGAGGUGGAGGCCGUCAAGUUCCUGAAGGAGGAGCCACACAGACUGGACGCCCUGCUGAAACGCUGCAAGAGCGUCACUGACACACUGACCACCAUGCGCAGGUACGACCCAACACACUGACCACCAUGCGCAGGUACGACCCAACACACUGACCACCAUGCGCAGGUACGACCCAACACACUGACCACCAUGCGCAGGUAUGACCCAACACACUGACCACCAUGCACAGGUACGACCCAACACACUGACCACUAUGCUCAGGUACGACCCAACACACUGACUACCAUGCGCAGGUACGACCCAACACACUGACCACUAUGCUGAGGUACGACCCAACACACUGACCACCAUGCACAGGUACGACCCAACACACUGACCACCAUGCACAGGUACGACCCAACACACUGACCACCAUGCACAGGUACGACCCAACACACUGACCACUAUGCUCAGGUACGACCCAACACACUGACCACCAUACACAGGUGCAACCCAACACACUGACCAGUGACCACCAUGCGCUGGUAGGCUACGGCCCACCACACACUGACCAUCAUUGAUACAUCAACACUGAUCCAACAUCACAGGUACGAAGUGUAACUCAGAGCCUGCAUUGUCUAGCCACAGCACAACACCACUAAACACAUAAUAGCCGAUAUACAGACAUUACUGGCAUCGCCUGACAUUGGCUGUAUUUGUGUGGUCAGGCAAGUGAAUGAGGGCAUAUGGAAGAAGCAGGAGGACUUCCCCAAGCACAGCGGUGAGGACUUCCGUAAGAGUUCCGACUUUGACAUGCCCACCAGCCCCCCUCUCAACCUCAGUGACCUGAGGGGCGGCAGCAGCCUGUCAAACUGGUGCCCCCAUUCCAGCCACAGCCAUAGUCAAAGUCAUGGCCAUGGGCACAGCAACCCCUCCUCUGGCCCCCACAGGGACAACCACCCCCCUGUGCCUCACAAGGGUCGGGCCCUGGAAGAGCUGGCCAACCGCGCUGCUGCUGAUAAGGCUGUGUCUGUGGAGGUUCGACUGGUAAGGAACCCUUCUGUUACUCCAUUCUAGUCUUUAAUCUGUAGUUUUCUGAGUGUGGCAUUGGUAUGAUGAUACAGUAUAUAUGGGUGUUGGAGGUGAGUGAGAGUAGGCAUGAGUGAGUCUACAAGUGUGGAUGUCUGCACAUGUGUAUGAGUGAGUGUGUGUCUGUGUCUGCGUGCAUAUACAGUAUCACUCACUGUGAUAUCUUUCUCUAUGGUUCCAGGCAGCAGAGCGGGACUGGGAGGAGAAGCGGGCCAGUCUGACCCAGUACAGUGCUCAAGACAUCAACCGUCUGCUGGAGGAGACCCAGGCUGAGCUGAUGAAGGCCAUCCCAGACCUGGACUUUGCUGCCAAGCAGAUCAACAAGCCCUCCUCCAACACACCCUCCCAGUCUCAGACCCCCCAGAGCGGGGGAGGGACCCCAGAGCACCGCCCUACCAAGCCCCAGCAUGCUACACACAAGCUCUCGGGGAAGGAGCCUGGCUCCAGACGUGGCUCUGGUAAGGAUUGAUCAGACCUCCCCUUACCCAACAGAGGUAACAGUAGAGCGUUGGGGUUUUUGAUGUACUGAUGGGCAGCAGUGUUUUGUCACAUACUCAGCUCAUGAAUGUGUUAGUGUUGGCUGUGAAUGUACUUUGUCCUGUUCUCUAACGGGUGCCCAUGGUACUGCCCUCCCUGCCACAGAUGUAGAGCAGCUGACGGUGACUCGGUAUCGCACAGAGAAGCCCUCGAAGUCGCCCCCUCCCCCGCCACCUCGACGCAGCUUCCCAUCAUCCCCGUCUGGCCUGACCACCCGCAGCGGAGAGACCCUUAUCCCCGGCAAGAGCAUUAAGGUGACAGAGCAUGAGGCAUGGAUGUACAGUGGCUUGCGAAAGUAUUCACCCCCCUUGGCAUUUUUCCUAUUUUGUUGUCUUACAACCUGGAAUUAAAAUGGAUUUUUUGGGGGUUUGUAUCAUUUGAUUUACACAACAUGCCUACCACUUUGAAGAUGCCAAAUAUUUUUUCUUGUGAAACAAACAAGAAAUGAGACCAAAAAAUAAAUAAACUUGAGUGUGCAUAACUAUUCACCCCCCCCCCCCCCCCCCCCCCCCCUCCCAGUCUCCCCCCUGUGGGGAUUGUGUUCUCGGGGUGAUGAGAGGUGUUGGGUUUGCGCCAGACAUAGCGUUUUCCUUGAUGGCCAAAAAGCUCAAUUUUAGUCUCAUCUGACCAGAGUACCUUCUUCCAUAUGUUUGGGGAGUCUCCCACAUGCCUUUUGGCGAACACCAAAUGUGUUUGCUUAUUUUUCUCUUUAAGCAAUGGCUUUUUUCUGGCCACUCUUCCGUAAAGCCCAGCUCUGUGGAGUGUACGGCUUAAUGUGGUCCUAUGGACAGAUACUCCAAUCUCCGCUGUGGAGCUUUGCAGCUCCUUCAGGGUUAUCUUUGGUCUCUUUGUUGCCUCUCUGAUUAAUGCCCUCCAUGCCUGGUCUGUGAGUUUUGGUGGGCGGCCCUCUCUUGGCAGGUUUGUUGUGGUGCCAUAUUCUUUCAAUUUUUUAAUAAUAAUUGAAUGGUGCUCCGUGGGAUGUUCAAGGUUUCGUAUAUUUUUUAUAACCCAACCCUGAUCUGUACUUCUCCACAACUUUGUCCCUGACCUGUUUGGAGAGCUCCUUGGUCUUCAUGGUGCCGCUUGCUUGGUGGUGCCCCUUGCUUAGUGGUGUUGCAGAUUCUGGGGCCUUUCAGAACAGGUGUAUAUAUACUGAGAUCAUGUGACAGAUCAUGUGACACUUAGAUUGCACACAGGUGGACUUUAUUUAACUAAUUAUGUGACUUCUGAAGGUAAUUGGUUGCACCAGAUCUUAUUUAGGGGUUUCAUAGCAAAGGGGGUGAAUACAUAUGCACGCACCACUUUUCUGUUAUUUAUGUUUUUGAAUUUUUUGAAACAAGUUAUUUAUUUAAUUUCACUUCACCAAUUUGGACUAUUUUGUGUAUGUCCAUUACAUGAAAUCCAAAUAAAAAUCUAUUUAAAUUACAAGUUGUAAUGCAACAAAAUAGGAACAACGGCAAGGGGGAUGAAUACUUUUGCAAGGCACUGUAUAUUCACACAAACACACACAGACACGCACACACACACACAAACACACAUACACACACCUCCUGCCUAGUUUCUGAUCUCCUCUAUGUAUGUGUGGGAAAGUCGGAGGCAGAGGAGGCAGAAACACAGAAGCCCCAUGUGCAGCUACGACGGACAGUGUCUGAAAACCCCCGUCCUGCGUCCACCCCUCCCACCAUCGCCUCUGGAGACAAGGAGGAGGGAGAGGAGGACAAGAUCACUGCUGAACUGGAGGUACUGGUAUACCAGCUUCAGAAAUAGUGUAUUAAUAGUGUUAGCAGAGUUUAUAUAGUAUUAUUAUAAGUGGUCUCUGAAGGAUGUUAGGUAAGGGUGCAGGGAAUGGGUAAUGUUACUGAAAAACGACACUUCCUCCGCUUCCCUAAUUUUCCCUAGAGCUUGUAGCUACACAUGCCCAUACACACACACACACACACACACACACACACACACACACACACACACACACACACACACACACACACACACACACACACACACACACACACACACACACACACACACAUGCCUCAUUAGCUGGCUGCUUGGUGUGUUAGAGUGGAUGGUCAGGCCAAAGCAGCAGGUGCCAUAUGUCCUCCACACCCCAGGCCUCCUCACUGGGACAGAGAGCUCCAGUCACUGUGGGCCCAGAUUACUGCAGAUCACACAGCUUAGUCACACACACACACAGUGUGUCACCCAGAGCUCACAGACCAACCCAGCCUGGCCACAUGGACAAAAUGGAGCGUUGGAUUGUGUGUUUGUUUUUCUGAUGCCCUGCUGGCCACAGUGAAACAAUAAAUUGGACAGAUUAUUUUUUAUUUUUUACUGUAAUUUUAGAUAGACCAGUUAUAAUCACUUAUCUUGAUAUUAUGGAUGACUUAUCCUAAUUUAACAAUUAUUUACAUUAUUUCAACUACGCCCCUCCCCUCCCUCCUACACUUCCCCUGGCCAGCUGUUUCAGAGAGCCCCCCUCAGGCUCAGCCACACCCCUCCCCUGUCCCCGCCCAGUGCGCCCCGCAGCAGGACCAGCGUGCCCCCCUCCAGCCUCAACCUAUGGCCCCCAGUUGCACAGUGCACCAAGGUAACGCCCUCCCUGACCUCGCGAGGGCUUGUGUGGACUGCAGCUUCCUGAGACUGCCCUCACCUUCCUCCUUGCCCUCCUCGAACUAACACUUCCACCACUCUACCCCCUCCCUCAAACACACACUCCCAUGUUCCAUCCCUGAUCUCUACCCCCCUCCCAGAGUACACAGUCCCAUCCUCACCUUUGUCUCUACCUGCAGAGUGCUCUCCACAUGUUCUCCUGUCACACACAACAGCUGCUCACCAGCACACAGACUGUACACUGAACCUAUUCAUCUUGGUGUUGUAGGGAAAGUAAACGGGUUUGUACUAUUGUUUUAAAUGCAGCCCCUUGGUCCAGCACUCCCCCUGUUCUACACUACCAGAACACACCCCUAAACACACUGUCUCCAGACAACACCAUCUCUACAACUGCCCUCCCCUCACACAUCCUGUACCAACACACACUCACGAACUGAUGGAGUGAUCACUCACAGAUACACACAAACACUCCUGUGACUAGUGACUCUCUGUGUUGAUUGCAGUGCUCUGAAGUGCAUGUGGGUGUGUGUGAGAGCGUGCAAGUGUGUGUGAGUGCGUGUGUGUGUGUGUGAACAGUUGUGAAACUCUACACUGUGUCUACCAGCUGUCUAGAGUAUCGUUGGACUGCUCUGGCCUACAGUGGAAGCAGGGCAGCUCAGAAUACACUUCCAGCAUACUGGCAUCACACUCACAGGUUAGUGCCCUAAUAAGAAGUAUUUUAUAACCAGUCAAUUACCAUUACACUGUUUAGAAAAUAAUCAUAUUUUAUCUUAUUGAAAGUAUGUUGGAAUAUUACUUCUAUUCACCCAUUUUGUUUUACAUGCACAGAGCAUGGCCCUUCCUGGUCCGUCCUUCUCUCCAGUCCCCCGGAUUGUGUUGACAGAGUGCAUGUCAGUUCCACUCUCUCCCUCAGAAGGCUUUGUCAGAGAAUUGACACAGGACCAUCAGAUGUCCCUGACAGUGGACCAGUCCCAGAGCCAGACUGCUCCUCCCCAGGCAGUCCCCCAGAUCCAGGUCUCUAAAAGGAAGGAUCCUGUCAGCCAGGCCCAGAGGAAGCCCUCUCGGCGGGGGGAGCUGAGAAUCCAGGAGUCCUUUGAGAAGGAGGAAGAGAGGGAGGAGAGAGAGGAGCUGUCCUUGGUACUGACUGAGCUGGAGGUGAGAGUGAUGUCACCCUCGCAGGCCCAGGAGCUCAGCAGGACCAUGGGAGAGGCUUUACAGACACUCACCAUCCCAACUCAGCCUUCAGAGGGAACCACUGAAGCCCGUCUGUGUGGGGCUCCACUACUGGUACUCUUCAGGGAGACUGUGACGGUCAGAGAGGCCUACAGGCAGCUGCAGUUACUGCUGGGCAGGGUGGAGGACACAGGGUCAUCCAAGGCGGUCCCCAAGCCCAGAGCAGGACCUUCUCACAGCAGCCUGAGCAGCAGCCCCAGUCCCCUGGGUUCCAGGAUAACUCUCUCCCCUGAGCAGCAGGUCUCUCUGAGAGAGGCUCUGAGGAGAGGGGUGGAAACAGGCGACAGGAACCUGACACUACCUCACAGCAGUGGAACAGAGAGCAUUCUAGCCACCCUUCCGGAGCCAAGUCAGGACUCUGCAGAAGCAGCAGUGAACCCCAAUGGGUCUGCAGGUUUUGAGGAGAGCCAGGCCAGGGAAGGACAGGGACAGAACCCCUGUAAGCGGGGACAAGACAUCAGGAGCAGCACCUACAGGAGGCUGGACAACCUGGAGGAGACCAUCCGCGAGCUGGAAAACACCCUGCUGGAGCUCAGUGGCCACCCCACCACACUCCCCACUGACACCGCCCUGUCAGAGGCUCCAGACCCAGCCCAGAUGCCUGGCACCAGCACCACAGAGACCAAGAAGCCCCCAGUCCCACCCAAGCCCAAACCCUCCUUCACUCCUUCCAUGAUGACCAAGGUCUAUAACAUGCACCCCUGCAUAGACUCUGCUCUUUGGAGGGCAUGCACCCACUUCUCUCUAUCCUCAUCUCUCUUUUUGGCUUUAAGAGUUCGGGUUGCAGUUUCUGCUGAAGCGUCAUCUUGUCUUCCUCCUGUUCACUCCUAUCUGACUGCACAUAACGUACCAACCUCACAUGGAGUUAUACCUCACACCUCCAUUGAACCUCUCUACCUGCCAAUUCCCACAUAGAUAUAAUCUGUUGUCUGCUCCCUGUGAAAACUGGUAGAUUUUGGCCGUCCAAACAGAAUGCUUUAAAUGCUGAAGGCUUUAAAUCUUUAAUCAGUUCAACUCAAAGGGGCCCGCAACAGAUGCUCUCCUUCUCUGUACUGUGAUUAGUAAUUGGGGCUACUGUCCUCUUGGAGAGGGGCUGUUAAUUGUCUUUUUAUUGUUCUUCUGUUUCUACUCUGUAAACCAGGGCCAAGUCCAAUCUCUGCUGCAAUAAACUGUCAUUUCUCUUUCGCUCCCCUCUUUAUUUCCCCCCUCUCUUCACAUCUUUGUCUUGUCUUCUCAUUGUACUUUGCUGCUUCUCUCGUCUCUGUAAUCAAUGACCAGAUACCUGCAUCAUCAACUAUUCCAGCUUUACCUUGAACAGUCUUUAGGCUUAUCGACGAACUAAAUGUUGAGACUUGGUUUCCAAAUUGGUCUGAAACUGAAUACAGACACAAACUGUUGUUCUCAUUAUCCCAUAGUAAUUCAUUAGCAUAGGGCAGACCAGACCUCAGAGGGCUCAUUGCAUGCUGGGAGUCUGAGUUUGUCACGUCACCUUUAGGUCAAGAUACUUUGUAAAGCUCCCAAAAUGAAUAAUGAUGAUAGAUAGAGAGUUAGAGACCGACAGGUGAAGAGGUAGAGUGUAGCACGGACCACCAUGUUGUCUCCGUGUGUAGAUAAACUCACACCCACUCCAACUCCAUCCAUGAGUGCAAGCUGCAGUAGGUCUGGCUGUCAGGGACCAUUUCUUCUCCUUGCCAUUCAACUGGAGAAACAGGUCCCGUGGGCUUGGCAUGGGCUUGGCAUGGGGUUGGUGUGGAGUUGCAGCGUUUUCACGCCUUGUUGCAUCACCCUCAUUACUGUAACCACCACUGCCUUUAACUGGGUCUCAUUAGGCCAAUCAGAUCCUUCAUCCAGGUUCCCUACUCUACCCGUGAAUGACUUAUAUUAGCAUACCAUACUGGGCACUCUGUCUCCUGUAAUCAUAUGCAGUGCCUUUCCUCUUAGCUAAUGUGCAUGUGUGGAGGGGGUUGGGGAGUAGAUAGGAUGUGCGUGCCUGUGUUGGUGAGUGAGUGCGUAUUUUCUUUUUGCAUAUUAGAGGUAGAGAAAAUGAUUGAGCCGACGACAUCAUAUGAUGAAGCCCCUGGUGCAGCCACGCUACGCAACACCACUUUGAAUUGUACAUUUCCAUAUUCUCCUGUUUGUCAGAUCUUCUGUAGCGCUGCAGCCUGUGUGUAGUGAUAUAGUGAUAUAGUGAAAGUCAGUGGGGUGGAUGAUAGGGAGGUAUAUCAGCGAUCUUAGGGCUUUCAGCAGCCUGCGGGCUUACUGGGUGAGCGCUUCUAUUGAGUUGGUAUAUGUCUGAUUAAAAGGAAUGAAAUGUCAAUCUGUUGGUGUUCUGUGACACUCAUACUCCCAUUUCUCCCCAUCUCUCCCCUUCUCUCCCCUUCUCGCCCCAUCUCUUCCCAUUUCUCCCCAUCUCUCCCCUUCUCUCCCCAUCUCUCCCCAUCUCUUCCCAUCUCUCCCCUUCUCUCCCCAUCUCUCCCCAUCUCUCCCCAUCUCUCCCCUUCUCUCCUCUUCCUCUUCUUUUGUCUAUUCCCCCAUGCCCUCCUCUCCUUCUCUCCUUCUCCAGGGAGGGAACAGCUCUUCAGCUGUGGGUAAAGUCCACUCCUCGGCUGCCUCCAGACUGAAGCACCUGCAGCAGAGCAGCACAGAGAAGACCAAAACUGGCAAGAGGGAGGACUUCCUCAAGGGCCAACAGCAGGUACUGUAUUCUAGUCAGACUGAUCAUCCCCCUACCUAACUGACCCCAUACCCUACCUUCUGGUCACACUCCCACUGAGACGAUACCCCUGCACAAGGUAGCUUAUUCCACUGUUGUAUUGGCGGUGUACCUACAUAUCUUGGUGCAGCUUCUUAAUCCAUAGACCGUCUAUGGAUUAGCCAGAGCCAAUACUACUACUAGGGUCCUGUUUGGUAAAGGGGAUAUAGAUAGUGUACAAAAUAGAUAGUGUAGUGCACUAGGGACCUGAAGGUUUUGAAGCAUGUUGGGUUAUAAGUUAGAGAUGCAAGGGGGCCCAGGGGAGACGGGGAAAUUGAACUAUUCAGGCGUGUCAGAACAAAGUCAAGCUGAGAGAGAACUUUCUUCUCUAGUUCUGCCAGGAGUCAUGUCAAUGAAGUAAGCUUUAAUGUCAAUGUUAUUUGAAAAAUACAGGAGCACUGAAGUGCACCUAAACCCCCUCUCUGCGCUAAAAAUACUUUGAUAUGGAAUUCAGAGAAGGAGCCAUUCGAUUGGAUCAAGAGAGCGAGAGAGAGAGAGAGAGAGAGAGAGAGAGAGAGAGAGAGAGAGAGGCCAAUAAAGCCCUUUGAAUUGAAUUGAGAGAGAGAGAGAGAGAGAGAGCGAGAGAGAGAGAGAGAGAGAGAGAGAGAGAGGCCAAUAAAGCCCAUUGAAUUGAGAGAGAGAGAGAGAGAGAGAGAGAGAGAGAGAGAGAGAGAGAGAGAGAGAGAGAGAGAGAGAGACAGACAGAGACAAAGAGAGAUCCAUGUAUAUAUAAUAUAUAUAGAGAGAGAGUUGUGAGACUGUGCUGCCUAGUAGCUAUAUAGGUAAGCAUGGGAGGAAUGUCUCUAAUUCCCUUGUCUCCCAGUGUAGGCUGAGGCUAAUCAGUACCCAGUUGUGUCAGUGUAAUCACUGAUUAUUCAAUAUGAAGCGCACAGUGCUUCCCCUCAGUGUGCUCCCUUCAGCUCUCGCUCGCUUUCUCUCUCUUCCUUCAUUUUAUUCCUUCAUUGUUUUCAUCCCUUUUAUUUCUUGUUCUCUCAAUUUUGCUGUCUCUCUUUUCCCACCUCUAUCUUUCUCUCUCUCUCCCCCUGUGUGCCUCUCGUUCCCUCCCUCUACUUCCACUCUGUGUGUGUUUGGAAAGCUGUAGGUGUGGAGUGGCCUCCUUCUAGCCCGCUGAGAGGAAAAUGAAUCCCAUUAUUUCAGAAUGAGGAGACAGGAUCUCAGCGCGCCCCCUUUGUCCGCAGACUGUUGCAAACAAUUACACUGAAAAGAGGCUGUGUGAAAAAACUAUCCCCUCGUCCAAAGAAGGAAAGACGCUCAAAACAAUCUCCAUCCGAGUCAGCACCAAGCCAUCAGUUAGGAUAGCGCCAACAAUAACAGUAACUAAGACAUUACUAAACCCAUUUCAGAGCAUUUUGAAUCACCAUAUGGCUUCAAUCGCAGAAGUCAAUCUCCCCACUACUCAAUGACUGACAGCAGGCUGUUUGUAUGGGCAGCACAUGCCAUGGAUGUCUGUCUUCUCUCGUUACAACACCUCAAAACUGUCAGAUACCCUCCUAUACUAUACUGCCCAGGCUACUGUGCCAGCCAGGUGCCUAUCCACCAACCAUGUUAGUUGACCCACAGAGUUUUAAGGUGCCCCACUAGUUUCCCCACUCCCAUAGAGUUGUAAGUUAGUUUCCCCACUCCCAUAGAGUUGUAAGUUAGUUUCCCCACUCCCAUAGAGUUCUAAGUUAGUUGCCCCACUCCCUACUGAUGCUGUUGUUUUGACUGACACCCACCCAGACAUGCCCACCGUGGGUGUCCUCUCUACUGAAGACACAGCUGAAGGUAAAGAGGUCUCUUCUCUUCUCCCCUCCCCAGAGAUGACUCCUGACCCCAAACUCUUACAUUGACCCUCUCUCUCUCCGGCCAUCACUCUCUCCUUUCAUAUUCCUAUCUUUCUCUUUUUGUCUCUUUUCUGCUUAUAUCCUCAGUGGUGUUAUGAAUAGAUGUUAUUGGUGGUGGGAAAGAUUUCAUAUUUGUGUUAUCUGUCUGUACUAUGUGUUUUCUCUGUGUGUGUGUGUGUGUGUGUGUGUGUGUGUGUGUGUGUGUGUGUGUGUGUGUGUGUGAGACUGAACAGGGCAUUGUGAGAUGAUACUCAUUGCUGUUGUGCCUGCGCUUGUUGUUUGGCACUGCUACAGUACCAGGAGACAUCCCGUCAGAGCGUUCCAGGCGUGAGAGGAUUUUUUAAAUCACUGAGCUGUUAUAAGACCAGACAGUUCAAAGCCACCAUUUCGCUCCGGGGGGGGGGGGGGGGGGGGGGGGUAGUAAAGGCCAGUCCCACAAGACAGUCUUUUGGCAGGCAGCUCUGAGCUUCCGGAGAUGAGAGGAUGCAAUUUUACCGCACUAACAGACCGGAAUAAAUGUUGCGGUAGCCAGGCUUGAGAGAGAGGAGAGAGUGAGGGUGUCCUCAGGCAGAAGGAACAGCACCAGAGGUACUGGAGCACCAGCCAACAGAGUAGGUUAAAGCCUCAGAGGCCACACAACACGCACCUGCUGUCCAACCAACCACACAGAACGAAACCCCUCAAUCCCCACACUAACACCCUCCAACCACUCAACAUGCAGGGCAGAGUAGAAACCUCUCUCAGAAAUAGUGGAUGGCCUUUUUUUGGAACAUUGUGGAGGAGAACUUUCGCCAUACUUUCUGUAUGUUAUUCAAGAGCAAAUGAUUUGCUAUCGUGGAUAGAAUUUAAGUUAGUCUAUUUGAUCGUUGUAGUCAAAGUCACCUCUAAAUAAACAAUGACCUUUGAUAUAAAACCUGGUAUGCAAAGUUAUUGCUCUCUCCCAGUGUCUGGGAUGGUUACAUCAGACUCUUCCUUCACGUUACACCUCUCAUCCCCCAGCCACAAGCACAGAUGUCUAGACAGGUGUCAUCAUCCAGUGGCACUGAUGUAGGACUGAUCACAGAGUAGGGGACCCUCACACAUUCGUGCUCUGGCAUAGAUCUGGUAGCGUUUGGCACUGCCUGUCUUCUGCCCAUGCCCUGGCACUGCCACUGGGUCUGCCACAUGCCUCCAGCCUUCCUCUAUGAGAGAGACUGGCUGCUGGCAGACUGCAUUUACAGAGAAUACACCCCAUAUACUGUAUAAUGUCCACAGUGUUACCACAAUGUCUCACUGCCAACACAGCGCCAUGUACUGGUGUACUCCAGCAUCACACAAAGGGGAAUGUGUGUGAUGCUGUUCAUUUAACAUGUUUUGCAUUUUUAAUGACUCAGACGUCCAUUAAAAAAACAGUCAAAACAGUAACGGACAACAGCAGUGUAACCCCUGUACACUUCUGUUACAUUUUCACUUCAGACUGUUGGUAUCAUAACACAAGAAAGAUAUGUAUUGUCGGUUUUUAACCCCCAUUCUGUGUAGUUGGCACUCUUGGCUAGCAUCAACAUCUGCUGAUACUAACCUGAAUUUCCUGUGUUUGUCUCUUGUUCUCAUCUCACCCCUCCUCCCUCACCCCCCACCUCUCACCCCACCCUGCCUGUGUCUCUCUACACCACCUGUUCCUGGGGCGCCACCACCACCUCACCCACCACCCUGUCACCUGUGUGAUCCUCCUGGGCCACCCUGUGCCACCCGGCCUGCCCCUCCACCUGCUCCUCUGUGACCUCUGACCCUGCACAGUGAGUGAGGGACCAGCCUGUGCCCUGUGCCUGUGCUCUCCAGCCUCCUCCUCAUCACCAACCACCUGACUACAGAGCUGCAUCUGACCCCCCACCCCAUCCCCUGCUACUCCUAGUCCACCCCCUUAAGCCCCCCUCCCCUCUGUUGGCUUAACAUGGGUAUUGGCAGAGUCUCUGACUCCUGUACCCUCUCACAUCCUACAUUGACCACACAAUGCACAGGAUAUCUACCCUGUGUGUGUUCUGUUUGUGAAUGUGCAUGUCUGUGUGAAUGGAAGGGUGCUGUCGGGGACCACUACCAACUAUAUGACUGUUCUCUCUUUUUUCAUUUAUCUUUUCCCCCCUGAAACAUUUCCAAUUUUCCCCAAUUCUCCAUGUUCCACCUCCUGUUCCUGGUCUGUACCUGGGUCUGACCCAUAGGCCCUUGGGAACAGCAGCAGCAGUAUUAAGCCCCUCCUGUCAGGCACCAAAGCUGACAGUUUCUCCGGCCGCCUGCCCUCCUCCAGUUCGGCCUCGGCUGUGUUCGCCCCGGGUCUAAGGAAGUAUCCCCAGGAGGGGGCGCUGUCUUCCCUGACAGCCUCCUCCAGCCAGGCCAAAGCCCUGCUGGCCAGCCUGUCAGCCUCCAGCCUGAGCGCCGAGGCCCUGCUCCUCUCCUCCACCUUCCGCCAACACCGCCUCCUCCGUGAGCAGCAGCGCGCCUCCUCCCUGCCCCUGCCCAACGGCCGCUCCUCCAACUCCACCACCACCUCAACCACCACCUCCUCUUCCUCCUCCUCCACCUCCCCCACCUCCACCACCCCCACCCCCACCCCCUCGCCCUCCUCCCCGACCCCCCUGACCUCCCUCAACCUCUCCUCCCUGGGGCUCAAACCUGGUGGCCGCAGCCUGCAGUACUCUGGCUCCAACAGCUACAAGGAGCGUGGCAGCAAGACCCUGCCCAAGCCUGUCUCCCCUAGCAACUCACAGUGA